UUAGCGAACGUGUUGUUAUUUCUAAAGAAAGUCUUUGAAAGAUGUCUGACGCACCGGCGAAGAAAGUUAAGAAACCAGCAAAGCCUGCUGAACAUCCUAAAUACAAUGAGAUGGUAAAAGCUGCCAUUGGGGCAUUGAAAGAACGCAAUGGAUCCUCCAGACAAGCCAUCGGGAAGUACAUCAAAGCCAACUACAAGGUUGGAGACAACUGUGAUUCUCAACUCAAACGUACUCUCAAGCGUAUGGYUMUCAAGGAAAGYAUUGUACACACUAAAGGCAAGGGUGCAUCGGGUUCGUUUAAGCUGAACAAAGACAAGGUUGAAAAGAAACCAGCUAAGAAGCCAGCCAAGAAACCAGCCGCAAAGAAGCCCGCUGCCAAGAAACCAGCAGCGAAGAAGGCAGCUAAGAAACCUGCUGCAAAGAAAGCUGCUGCGAAGAAAAGUCCAAAGAAGGUUAAGAAACCAGCAGCAAAGAAAACUACCCCAAAGAAARCGGCCGCCAAACCAGCGAAAAAAGCUGCAGYCAAGAAACCCGCCGCCAAAAAAUCWGGGAAGAAACCAGCGGCUAAAAAGACAGCAAAGAAGACCGCCAAGAAAUAAAGUGAUUUUCACACAAACAAAACAAACGGCUCUUUUAGGAGCCACCCAAAUAUCAUAAAGUCAAUGGCACAUGGUGUUAUUAAAAUUAUUUUUAUUCUGUGAAACAGCGACACGAACUUGCAACAAAAUAGUAGACAGCGGCAAAUUGCAACAUAGGCAGUUUUAAAAAGUCGGACAUGAAGUGAUUUAUUCCCCUAGUGAAAAACAAAACAAAAUUUGACUAUUAGUGUGAUAAUAGACACAAAACAAUGGAAUUAGGGAUGGRCCAUUAGAUUUUUGAGGA